CCGGCCGGCAGUACUGCGCAGUCAGUUAAAAACUGCAACUUGAAGUGCAAGGUUCGUGCAACGUUCCGAGCUACUAACGAACGACUUUAUACAAAACGAACGAUUAUUUCUUCUUGUGAGUGGUUUAUAAAAUAAGGAUAUCCAACGAGAGAUCAUUCGCAUCGACAUGGCACUGGUAACUAGAGAUCUUUUCCGCAACUGGUGGAGGGAUAUGGAUCGUUAUCAUCAAGAAUUGGAAGAACACUUCAAACGCCUUAGCACCAGAGACGAUUUUUGGAAACUACCACCAAUGCCAUCCUUCAAGGAGUUUUUCCAGCCAUGGAGGAACAUGAUAGAAGAUUUGGACCGUCAAGUUGGAGGUUCGACCACCGUUGAACGAGAUGACAACAAAUAUCAAGUGAUUGUCGAUGUACAACAAUUCGCACCAGAAGAAAUCACUGUCAGAACGGACGACAAAUCUAUUACCAUCGAGGGUAAACACGAAGAGAGGAAGGACGAACAUGGUUACGUGUCAAGACAUUUCGUGCGUCGAUACGUGUUACCACAAGGAUACGAUAUUGGCCACGUUAAACCGAGUUUGUCGUCCGAUGGUAUUCUCACUAUCACCGCUCCAAGACUUACUUUACCAGCACCGGGAGAAAGAAUCGUACCAAUCGAACGAAGUAACGCGCUAGCAAUUAAGGCGUAAACACUAAAUGAUAUUAUCAUUUUUCUUCUAAUCGACACUCGUGUGAUACAUAGAAAUUCAUCAUGGAACUUCUUCUUUAAGCAUAAAAAAAAUCUUACGUAUUGGAACAGUAUGUCAAAGACAUUUAAAUGUAAAAUUCAAAGUACGGUAUCACCUUAAAUAUAUUCUUUAUGUAUGCAAUGUAUUUUAUUUUUAAAUGUAGUAGCACCCACAUAUCCGCGGGAAAUUAGUUCACAAGACUUUCCAACGGUGUGGAUAGUAGUGAACUAUGGUGUUCACUAUACAGUAUAGUUAACUAUAUACUAGUGUAUAUUCGUAAUAGGUUACGUACUUAACAUCUGAUUUAUUGCCUUGGUAAGCUUGUAUAAAAAAUAGUAACUGAGGUUUUUCAAUGUAUUGACACGUUUUUCGUAACUUAUAAUUGUAAAUAGUAAAAAUGUCAAUAUAUUGAGAUGUAUAGGAACCGCGGACAUAGAAUCUAUGAAUAUGUAUGGACAACUAUGAAAAGAAGGAUCGAAACAAAUAUCAUGAAUUGAA